AUGGCCAUGGAUGCUGGAGCUCUGUUCCCAAACAUGCAGGUUUUGAUCCAUCUGUGGUUUUGCGUGUGUAAAUAUUUAGGUUUGCAGAGAUGUGGAAAGAGCUGUAGAUUAAGAUGGAUAAAUUAUUUAAGACCUGAUCUUAAACGUGGAAGCUUCUCUUCUCAAGAAGCUGCUCUUAUCAUUGAGCUUCAUAGCCUUCUUGGUAACAGAUGGGCUCAAAUUGCCAAACAUCUACCUGGAAGAACAGAUAACGAGGUCAAGAAUUUCUGGAACUCAAGCAUAAAAAAGAAGCUCAUGUCUCACCAUCAUCAUGGUCAUCAUCUUCAUCAUCAUUUCUCCUCAAUGGCGAGUUUGCUCACUCCUUAUCAAAACGGAUUCAACGCUAAUAAUAGCGACGAUGAAGGUUCACGAUUCAUGUCAAAUAUCAUCAUCACAAACACUUACCCUAAUUUCAUCAAUCCAAGUCACGUCUCUCUUCCUUCUCCUCACGUUAUGGCCCCAUUGAUGUUCCCAACCUCUACAGAAGGAGAUAUCAAGUUUUUAACCACAAACCAAUCUCAUCAAGAUAACAAGCUCUACAACAAUCUUGACAUUUUGUCAUCCACACCAAUCAUAAAUAGUCAUCAUCAUUAUGAUAAUGAUUCCCAGUUGCCAUCACUACCAGAUCUCCCAGCGAGUACCAUUUGCACUUAUCAGGAAACCCUUCAAGAUUACGAUGAUCAGGGCAAUGAAGUGUUUGUAACACCAUACAACAGUAAUGAUGAUGACCCUCGGAGUAUUCCAUUGGUGGCCGCAAAGUUAUUAUGUGGACAAGUUCUUGAAGACAAAAUAUUAUCCUCCUCGCCAGUUUCACAAGGCCACGGCCUUCUUAUCCCCACCAAGUACAACUUGCAAAUGCCUAGCGAAUCAAACCAUCAUCCUCGUUAACGCCAAUCUCUUGUGGAGAGUACGUCAUCACUUAAGCAAACCCUAGUCCUACUCCAACAUGGGAUUCCUAGACAUGGUACGUAAUAAAUACAUAUAUAGAGUCUACAUACGUUUUUAUCUAUAUAUGUAAAGAGGGAAGAGAGAACAUAAAUAAUCACCCACAU